GCGCCUGUAUUAUUGCGUAAAGCAUAAUGAAUCCCGAAAGAGAAGGAAAGAAAAGAAAGAAAAAAAAAAUCUCGUAUGGCCUCGUACGGUAUCGCUCGCAUUUACGGACAAACAAGUACCGCUAAUCGCGUCGUACACCUUUUGAAAACAUGAAUGUCUUUGGAGUACGUUCCGUCAGGAAGGAAAAAUGGGAAGAGGAUUUCAACUAUCAGUAAUGAGAAAAGAAAUUCCAAAGAGGAAGUACAUGUUCUUCGGCCCUGUUUUGUGAAAGAAAUGAAGAAGAAGAGGAAGAAGCAGAAGAAUAUGAAGAGAGGAUGAGAAGUCGAGUGCGGAGAGAUACGACAGGCACACACCGGUAUCCUCCCUCCUUCGCUCAAUGUUAAUCCCCUAUAUGUUGAUACUCUUGUUUUUUCUCUUCCGCACGGGACCCGCACCCUGACCCACAAGUGUGGGACUAGUCAGUCAGGCGAUGAAACCUCGUACGAUUAGGAUUGGCUAAUUCGCGGCCAAGUGUGCGACACGUGCCUUUUGAGAUUGUGUGUAUAUACCCGGUGCCAUCAGCUGUUCCUGAUCGAGAGACGUGCCUUUUUUUUGCAGUGAGAGAAAGAGAGAGAGAGACUCGGCGGAAAGAUGCAAUUCCACUCGAGAACGGGAUGCAUCGUCCUUAUUUUGAUCCUUGGAAACGUUUCUGGUCAAGAUGACGAUUCAUUAGCCGGCAGCUUUUUGUCAGGUCUUUUGGAUUCAAUAACGAGCACAGCGAAUAGUGCGGAUUGUCCAGGAUAUUGUGUCCACGCCCUGGCAACUCUUAUAUGUUACGAAGUUCUAGAGGAUGUGCAAUGUCCAACGUCGAGUAUGAGAUGUUGCAUAGAAGCACCAUUAAAUAGUACAGAUUUAUCGGAAACGUCGAAUGAUAUCAGUGAAAAUAUCACGACUACUUUGGCGACAACGACAACAACCACUACAACAACGACAACUACCACAACAACCGCUCCACCAACCACUGAAAAAAUUACAACCAGUAAAUCACCGACAACACAAAAACCAUCGACAACAACCUCUGUCACUACACUCUCGACAGUCACCAAACCACCAUCGAAAAGUAGAAACGGUACACAUCAAGUAGAAUCCGAAAGUGUUGAAACUUGUACGGGAAUUUGCAUGGCGGAACGAAUUGCGGAUUAUUGCGACGCAGUGUUAAAUGUUGAGACACUCUGCAAAUCGGGAUAUCGAUGUUGUGUGUCGCGCGAUGCAUUUGGAGAUACACCGCCACCGGAAUUGCUUGUGAUUGAUAGGACAAAAUUAAAUGGCACUCGUCCAGAUGAAAAGUACGCGAGCACGACAAGAAUACCGGAGAAGAUAGGAUUAACAACUCGACCACCUGCUGCAAUUCGACCGAUUACACUAUCGUCACUGAUAACAACAUCUGCAACAGGAGUGUCAACACCAUUGCCAGAGAGACCGAAACCAGUUCUAGGUGAAAAUUGUAAAGGCGAAUGCGUUAAUGGUCUAUUCGCAUUUCUCUGCGAUAAUAUUGAUACCGAUGCCGAUUGUCCUGGUGAUGGAUUUUGUUGUAUCACGGAAGCUCCAGCAAAACCGGAACCAACGACAACUACUGAAAAGCCAGUGACAAAACCAGCAGAGAUGAAACUACCGUCGUGUCCUGGUUUUUGUAUUUUACCCAUUAUGGCAGCAUUUUGCGAACGACCGAAUAUCAUUAUCUCACGGACUUCAACAUGUCCCGUUGGACAAAUUUGUUGCGGAAGUACCAAGAGUUCCACUCAGCGACCGAGACCAAAGCCAAAACCAACUCCACAAAGAACGGCGAUGACGACAGUCGCUCUACCUCCGGAUCCACGACCAGAAUGUCCUGGAUCGUGCAUUGUAUCCUAUUUAUCGUUCACAUGUUUCAGAAAUGCAGAAUUGACAAAUAUUUUCAAAUGCAAGAAACCUGGUCAUCAGUGUUGUGCACAAAAGUCAAUAAUUCGAGAAUUCACUGGUGUGAAUUCAACGGAAUCAACACUUGCUAAUCGAAACGAUACUUUCAUUACUAUUCCACCUCGAUCGAAUGCACCGUACACACCAAUUUCAACAAUUAUUUAUGAGACAACAACUGUGCCGCCGCCACCGCCUCCGACUACCACGAAAAAUCCCGUUUACAGUAAAUACGUGUGCGGGGUGAAAGGAACUUCGCGAACGCCAGUGCAAGCGAGAGAUUUUGAACGGGAAGCGCGAGUUGUGGGUGGCGAUGAUGCGGAGGCCAACGAAUGGUGUUGGCAGGUCGCGUUAAUCAAUUCCCUCAAUCAAUAUCUUUGUGGAGGUGCACUUAUUGGAACGCAAUGGGUCCUAACCGCCGCACAUUGUGUUACAAAUAUCGUGCGAUCGGGAGACGCGAUUUAUGUGAGAGUUGGCGAUCACGAUUUAACGAGAAAAUACGGUAGUCCUGGUGCUCAAACACUGCGAGUGGCAACGACAUACAUUCAUCAUAAUCACAAUAGUCAAACGUUAGACAAUGACAUUGCUUUGCUGAAAUUACACGGACAAGCGGAACUUAAGGAUGGAGUUUGUCUGGUCUGUCUACCAGCGAGAGGUGUAAGUCACACGGCAGGAAAACGAUGCACUGUUACCGGAUAUGGAUACAUGGGAGAAGCUGGACCAAUUCCUCUGAAAGUUCGAGAGGCGGAGAUACCAAUUGUCAGCGAUGCGGAGUGCAUUAGAAAAGUGAACGCAGUUACGGAGAAAAUUUUCAUUCUACCAGCGAGUAGUUUCUGCGCCGGUGGAGAGGAGGGCAAUGACGCGUGUCAAGGCGACGGUGGUGGACCAUUGGUAUGUCAAGACGAUGGAUUUUACGAAUUGGCAGGUCUAGUGUCAUGGGGCUUUGGUUGCGGUAGAGUUGACGUUCCGGGUGUUUACGUGAAAGUAUCAGCGUUUAUUGGUUGGAUAAAUCAAAUCAUAUCUGUAAAUAAUCUUUAGUUCUAAUUAGUAUUUUCAUAUGUACGCUUAUUUAUUUGUAUCAUUGUCAUCGGCGCAUCUUGACAGUGGAAAUUGUGGAAAUCGUGGAAAUCUUGAUAAAAUAAGCAACGAUGCACAGAAUAAGCGAAUUCUAAAGCCGAAAUCGAAGAAAAAAAAAUUGACCUAGACUUUAGCAUCGCAACUGUGAUAUAUUUAAUAAUUUUGCAAAGGAAACAAAUUUUUUUUGUUAUUCCUUUUCUCCACAACUAAAGAAAAACGUUAGGAUGCGCCCAAGUUUCAAAUUGAAACUCAGGUAAAGAGAUUUUGUUAACAUUGUGGAGGCACUUUUGAGCAAAAUUAAUCAUAAUUAAUAAUUUCACUUAAUUGGUAAUUAUUUUCCAAAUAGUUGAACAAAAGACUUAUUUUUAUUUAUAAAUAUUGUAGGAAAUUUUCCAAGUUUAUCGCUUUUUACAGCCGCCAAAUAUUUUUUGUUACAAUCAUCAAUUGAACAUUUAAUUACAUAUUUAAAUUUAGUUUCGUAACAUUUAAACGUUGAGUAUAGUUUAAAAAAAUUGAAUUAAAAAUUUAAAAACUUCAAGUCUAGACCUGUAAUUAAAUGUUAAAUUUUUCUUUUCAUCGUUCUCUUUACUUCUCAAUGAACAAUUUCUAAAAUCAAUUGAGAUUCAUCCUUCACAAUCAUUUCAAAACUCAUCAUUGUAGACUUAAAAUUACAUUAAAAAUCAUUUUAUAAUAGAACACUUUGUAAAUAUAUAUAAAAUAUCAAUUCUCGACAUAUAUUUUUUUAUUUUUUUGACAAAUUUAAAAUGAAAUUCAAAGAUAUUGUGUAUUCUAUCUUGCUUUGUAUAUUCAUGCAUUGUUAUUAGUAUUAAAACGAGAUGUGUAAAAUUUCUUUAAGAUUUUUUUUUUUAAGUAUAUUUAAAAGAAAAUUUAGAUUUAAAUAAAAAAAAAUUCGUACUGUUUUCUCUUUUAUAUUAUAUAGUCAUUGACAUUUUCUUAUUUUUCAUUCA